AUGCUGGCUAUACCAGACAUGACAGGUGUCGACUACAUAUCCCUCGUCUCAAGGACUGGUAUUGGAGACAUCCCCGUUACUCUUCACCGAACAGUAGCAACCACCAGCCGACCUAAAAAGCGUAGGUCAUUAACUACUUCAUCAGAAGUAGACAUAAGAUUAUUUGAAAAAUGUGCGAAAAAUUAGCUUUUUCCCUUAUCGAAAUGUUGAUUUUUAGUCAUCCAGUCUCGGUGGUCGAAUUUUUGUCCUCUCUCGCUUGCGUUUACUAACAACCGGGUUUUCAGCUCUACGCUUCUCAUUGAUAUUGAUUUAUUGACUAGACUCUGCGAGGAUUCGACCGUCGGUCUCGACGAGACCCACGCUGUGCUCCACAGCAGGGCGAGAGCAGGGAUUCUGACUUGUGUGUGUGAAUUAGUUCAACGUCGUGGUAGGCUUGCUCUGACUACCAAACGUCCUCCUCCUCACCUGGACCCGGUGUCAGGUCAUAGUCCAGAAGACCGGGGCUCAUGGAGAGCUCAGGUGGCUGGCGCGGCCAGAUCUGUACCUAGGCGUACCACUACAUCCUGGUCCACAGUAUAUACUGGAUAGGAUUGUGGACAAUCAGAGGGAGAUGAUCAACUCGGAUCCCACGUGAUGGGAGUGCCACAGAAGUCACAAGAAGAAAGAGCAUUCCAGCCUAACUCUCCGUCCACCAGUCCGCCAACUUGCACAUUGAGCUGACUGCGAGAUUCGAAUUGUCCCGUCAGUUGAAAAGCUUCCAAGCCAAGGCUUUUAGCCUACCGAGGUAGUUUCAAGUUCGUCUGAUUGUUUAUAGUAAGGAAAAUGGGCUGAGUCCGCGGUCUCACUCUCCCUUCCCAUUCCCAGGCUCCAGUCACUGUCCGAACUGGUCAUUCUUCUAGUGCGGACAAUGGGGCCCAGUGAAUGACACAGCUAGUGACCUCGUCUGCGCGCGCCACACACGCGCCGGAAUUUCGCCGGCGGCAUGCAUCCCAUACCUUAUGAAACUGUCAGAGAUCAUACUGAGAAAGAGUUUUUGCAGACCGGCUCUCAGUCCACCUUUCUGUAUAAACACUAAACACCAGGCCGCCUGCAAGGAUUUAGUUACAGCGUCAGCUGGCAACUUUUCAUGCUACGGUUUGAGCUCAUCGUAAGCUAGAUUCUAGAGGCGUAAACACUGUCUCACACUCUGCUAGUUGUCCUAGUAACCUAGGCAAUUAGUGUGCACGUGGUAUACUUACUUCCUCUCUAACCAAAAGGUUAGGAGUCCGCAUACUUAAUGGAAAAUCUAAUAUUUCGUCAAGGAUGAGUAGCAACGACGAAACAGUUGUCCGCGUCUGCGCACAUGUUAGAAUAUUGCAAGCACUCCUAACGUUGCCCUCCUGUGUUAUCUGACUACCUACUUGCAACCCUACCACUUACGGUCGUAGGGAAAUAAAUUUUUCUGGGUGUUUCAGGAUGCCCAGGGUAGACUGGGAUACUUCAUAUUUGAAGCGGUCGUAAAUAACGUUGGAGCUAGCUGUGUAUCCUCUUCUGAAUGUUAUGCAAGCGAACGGCAGUUCUGACUGUGACCACAUGUGCCUGUAGAGUCUUGCGCCUUCAAGUUUCAAAUUGGAGAAAGACAUAAUUUGCUACCGAACGACUGCCAGAAACACUACUCCAUGCAUAUUUUCUAUUAAAUCUAUGAGCAUACGGGCAAUGAAAAUCCGUGGAAAAGAGCACAUUAUUUAAGUAGCAGUUGUUUGCCUAGUAGUUUUUUCAGGGGGCAGGAGUAAGUCCGUUCAGUUGCAGGUAAUCUGUCAUGAUUAUGCUGCACGAUUAUCAAUAUUAAAACUCCAACUGAGCAAUGUGUUCUAGGCGAUAAAACAUUUCUAAAUUUCGGUCAAAAGUUAAUAAGACAGGCUAGAUAAUGCAAAAAUGUCCCAAUCUCUCGACUGAAAAAGGCACAUAAAAACAAAGAGACUGUUCAAUGGGAAAAUGGAGAUAUUCUAAGGUUGAAAAGGCAAGUUGGCGAGCAUAUAUCUCCUUCCGAUAAAUUAUCUUCAGGUCUGUACAUUUAUAUGGCUACUGAAGUAAUUAAUUAAAAGAUACAGGCAGGUAGGUAAUUAAGCAGUAGCUCGGGUUUGGGGAGGGGAGGGGAGAGUGAAACACCACAAUUCCAGUCAGCGCCAGGGAGAAGGUGGGUCCCGGAGAAGGCAAUUACAUGCGGGCGAUAUGAGGAUCUCGCCGUACCAUGCAAUAGCGAAAUGGUUGGCAGAGAAAAUUAGGCCUCUGCAGCAUCAACUAGCGCCACAUAACUAUCGAGAUACCUUUGAAUUCCUUAACAGUGUGAAAGACCUCGAUCUGAACGAAAUGGUCAUGUUUUCGUCAAAUGUCUCAUCCCCUUUUACGAAAGUGCCAGUGAUGAAAACGGUCAACUACCUUUGUGAUUUCAUUGCCGACAAUCGACAGGGUAUAGGAAUGCAAAUUAAUGCCCUCAAGGUAUUGGUAUAGAGUUGUACCUUGAAAGUGCAGUUCCUAAUCGACAACAAUCUAUAUAGGCAGAUGGACGGCGUAGCUGUGGGCUCGCCCCUUGGCCCGCGUUUGCAAAUAUAUUCAUGGGAAAACUAGAAGCUUUCCAGCUAUGUCACUAUAUCAACGGGUUAAGAUACUAUGGACGGUACGUGGAUGAUAUAUUCGCAAUUGCACCGAAACAAAGGGAAUGAAAUAAAUCAGGCACACCCAUCAAUACAGUUCACUCUGGAAGAAGAACAGUCCGGUUCACUUCCCUUUCUGGAUGUGCUUCUGAGUAGAAGACCUGACGGCAGCAUUCGACGCAGCGUCUAUCGUAAGAAAACGUGGUCCGGACAAUACACCCAUUUUGGGAGUUUCGUACCGCUAAACGUUAAACUUAAUUUAGUCCGCUGUUUGACAGAAAGAGUGAGAAGAAUCUGUCCAGCUGAUAGCGUUGAGAAAGAGCUUAAGCUCUAAGAAAGCCUUUUUCGCCAGAACGAGUAUCCUGGUCGAUUCAUUGCUAAGAACAUGGCCGAAAGGCCACCAAAGCCCCCGACACUGAUAGCAGGAAAGAAAAGGCUCUUCAUCAGGGUCCCAUUUCAAGGGGAUGUACCAAGUGAACUUCUGAGAAGACGCCUAACUCAAGCUGUAUCACAGACCUUUCCAGCAGCUGACACCCGUGUACUGUUCUCCACCAGUCCAAUCCUAUACGGAGAGGGCAAGGACAAACUACCUGCUCAGACCACCUCUAUGUGUAUUUACUCCUUCACCUGCGCCUGUGAGGCAGAAUAUAUUGGUCGCAAGAGCCGGCGUUUAUCCAGAAGAAUAAAAGAACAUCUUCCAGCCUGGUUAGGAAAUGAUCAAAUAUGGUAGACACAGACCGCCGUGUAGACACCAGAGAAGCCUGCAGGGUGAUUUACAAGGUCCCAUCAAGCUAUCCCAAACUACUUGGGCAGCGCUUCUUGGCUACGGCAGAGGUAGCUGCAAUCGGGCUACGUCGACCGGUCCCAUGCGCACAGAAGAACUUCGUAUAGGUCCCACAGUUGCCAUGGCUAAAAGCCAACAAACCAGUUACCCGCGUAUAAUUACAUUCGCCGGGACCCACCUUCUCACGGGCGCUGACUGCAAUUGUGGUGUUUCACUCUCCCCCUCCCCUCCUCACACCCGAGCCACAGCUUGAUUAUCUACUUGCCCGUAUCUUUUAAUUCACUACUUUAAUAGCCAUAUAAAUGUGCAGGCCUGAAGAGAAUUUAUCAAAAGCAGACGUCUGCUCGCCAAAUUGCCUUUUGAAUUUUAUAAUGGGAAUUUUCGCAACUCCAAAAUAUUCCAAGGUGUCCGGGGAUAAAUAAAACGACAAGAGUUAGACGGUAUGUUAUGCAUUUAACAGCAGUCUUCGAGGGACGCUACUCUUCCGACAUAGCCAGCAGCUGUGCGGACUGAAGGGCGGGCAAGCAUGCCCACGAUAAACCGUGCAAUGGAAUAUUACUUUGAGGUGUAGAUAUGCAUAUCUGUUAAUCACUUAUUCUCACCCACUGUAGCCUACUUUCUUACGGAUGCAUCGGAAACCUUUGACAAAUGUCCGAAAACUGGCGAGGUGGAACUUACGUGGACAGUGUUUGGAGCUAAUGAGAAAGAUCAGGAUCAGGUUAUGCCCUAG